AGGGAGGAGGAAACGCGCGCGCAACAGAGACUCGCUCAGACAGAGCUGUUGCUGCUACGCGCGCGGAUCCGCUGAGUGAGUUUUGGGUGCGCGCGGCAAGAAGACAGGGAAGCGUGAGGACACCGGCUCGAGGAUAACCCCCCCUCCACCCCACCAACCUGCCCUCCCCUCCCCGAGACCCGCACGGACUGCACGUGGAGGUGAAGCCUCGCGUAAUCACGCGCAACUUUUGGUGGGAGAAAAGAAACAGAAGCGACAGAGACGAACACACACACACCACCACGGCGCUGGCAAGAGACAAAGAAGCCAAAGGUAUGGCGGCGACUUUACCCAGAACCCUUGGGGAGUUGCAGCUCUACCGCAUCCUGCAGAGGGCCAACCUGCUGUGCUACUACGACGCCUUCAUCCAGCAGGGCGGCGACGACGUGCAGCAGCUGUGCGAGGCCGGCGAGGACGAGUUCCUGGAGAUCAUGGCGCUGGUGGGCAUGGCCAGCAAACCUCUGCACGUCCGGCGCCUUCAGAAAGCACUGCGCGACUGGGUCACAAACCCCGCCCUCUUCAAUCAGCCCCUGACCUCACUGCCCGUCUGCAGCAUCCCCGUCUACAAACUGCCCGAGGGCUCGCCCACGCUGCUGCCCGGCAACGGAGCCCGCGGAGAAACACACGUUAAGGUGCCCAAGUGUGUGGCAGCAGCCCUCGUAGACCCCGGAAAGGGCGAGGCAGGUAACGGCAGCUCCUCAGCCACAGCUUCACCCCUCCAGAGCGGGAACGAGCCACGAUUUUGGGCCGGUCACGGUACAGAGAGCGAACACAGCCUGUCCCCCGCCGAUCUAGGCUCCCCCUCGUCCCCCCGCGACGGCCUGGAGGCACUGGACACAGCCGCUGUGCAGUCAGUGACGGAGUGUGUGGAGAGGAUGGCUCAGGCGCUGCCCAAGAGCGACCUGGCCGAGGUCAAAGAGCAGCUGAAGGGCAACAAGAAGCUGGCCAAGAUGAUCAGCCACAUCUUCGACCUGAGCGAAGAGGACCCUCACCGGGAGGAGGAGAUCCGCAAGUACAGCGCCAUCUACGGACGAUUCGACUCCAAGAGAAAAGACGGGAAACACCUCACGCUGCAUGAGCUGACGGUAAACGAGGCUGCAGCCCAGCUGUGUAUGAAGGAGGUGGCGUUGCUGACACGCAGAGAUGAGUUGUUUGGACUGGCUCGGCAGGUCUCUAGAGAGGUCACCUACAAAUACACCUACAGAACCAGCAAAUCCCGAUGUGGAGACAGAGACGAACCCUCGCCGAAGAGGAUUAAGACAGAGCAGGAAGGAUUUUUCGACCUGCAGGAUGCGCUGCAGGCGAUUCACAUGCGCCAGGAGACGCUCAGAGAGCAGCUGGCCCAGGCUAGAUCUAAAGGAGAGGAGACAGUCUCCCGAAACAUCCAGGUUCAGUUGGAGCGUCUGUUGGCUAAGCAGAUGGAGAUUUUGCAUGACGCUGCAGCUCAGGACCGGCUGCAGGCUCUGGAGUGGAGAGUCCCCCCCGGAGCUUUUAAACACAGCGCAGAGAGACAGAGCACCAACGGAGUGACCAGCGACAAGUCCAGCGAUCAGCACGGUGAGAAGCCACUGAAUCUGCAUGUGACGAGGCAGAGGGCCGGGGCGUCAGAGGGCGAGACGCCGCUGGGCAAGCAGCUGGCCAAUGAGCUGAAGAGACAUCACCAGGCCAGCACAGAGAGCAAAGCAGCAGCCGCCACAGAAAAUGGCAGUGGAGCUCUCAAUCUCUCAGAAAAGAAGACCAUCAAAUCUGAGCCUGAAGAUUCCAGAUAGCAGACCGGAAAAAUCCUCUCCUUUCCGACUCCAUAAUGAACUCUGUUUGUCCGUCAGUGAAUACUAAAGGAGCACAACUACAGUAGAGCCUUAAUAACCAAUGUUGCCUCAGAAUAGAGUUUUCUUUUUUAAGUUCCGACUUUUUUGUUUUUGCCAAAGCACCUAGAGCCCUUAUUUUCAUCCCUGGAUAGACUCACAGAAUUUGUGUUGUCACUGACUGUACACGCAAACCGCUCUCUCUCUGUCUCUUUCUCUCUCAAUCUCUCUCUCUUUCUCCUCACCCUUCCUCUCUCUUCCUCUAUCGGCAUGGAUGCCAAAUGUCCGCUACUUGUACAUACAUUUGUUCAUACAUGGAAAAUGUUGAAAUGAUGUUAUUUAAAUACAGUUUGUGUUGUGUGUGUGUGUAUAUAUAUAUAUAUAUAUGAAUGCAUGUCAAAUAGUGUUCCACUCAAACAGAAGGUGUCUCAUUGUCUCUCUAGGCGUCAGGCUCCCAGCAGGCCGCUGGUGUUCGUUGGAGCUGUUUGGGUGGGAUUUCUGUGUAAAGGAUCUUUAGCUAGUUGUUAGGGGUCACUGUCGCAGCUCAGAGUAACCUGGUUUUAGAUGUUUUUCUUCGGUGCUAAGGUUGAGGUGACCCCCUGAGUUUUGGAGGGCGGGUAGAUGAUGCUCAAAGUAGAUGUUUUUUGUUUUACACGCAGAAGAUGAACGCAUUGAAAAAAAAAAACUUAAUCCACAUAUACAUUCUGCUUCAUUUGUCCGUGCUAGACUAGAACAUAAGAUUUCUCAAUUGAGAAGAAGCACAAGUAUCAUAAUUCAACUUAUUGGCGAAUCAGGUAUGGGUGAUUUUCACAAAACUACUCGUAACAAACUUUGAGCAAGUCAGAUCAACAUAAAUUGAUGAAGAUUUUAACUCGAUUCACUUUAGUUAACUUUAAAAGUUCUAACAUUUUAACUUCUGCUUUUGUAGUUUGGUGAAAAAUACUUACUUAUUGAGUUGAGUCUCAAACAAAAACAUUAGUAAUUAAAUAUUUAUUUUUUUUUAAAUAAGUUAUGUAGUCUCUGUUUCUUCCAUUUAACGUAUUUACUGUUUAUUCCUAUCUGCAAGUGAAGGGGCUCACCCUAUCACACGUGAAGAGGUCUUCCUAUUCACAAACCCUUGGACCAUAGAUUGCUGAAGUGUUAAUUUAAUGAUUUAAGGCAGUUAGAAAGGCACACCACCCUUGAGCUGUGAAUUUAUUUACAUAUUGUAUCUUUGAAAGAAAGAAUAAGAUAUAUUGAUGUAAUGUAACUUUACUGUUGUAGGGUGGCUCUACAGUCUAACUGCUGUUUCUCAAAAAUGAGCAGUUCAUACGAUCAAAAAUCCGCUCUCAUCUGGCAACCAGCUUCAAUAGACGUUAAUUUCAGGUUGAAUGUUGGUCAUGAUCUUAGAUGACAAAAAAAAAAUAGAUGUCAGGAUAACAUCUAAUACUGUUACCUGCCUACAGGGCAAGGCCUCAGUGAUUCGAUGAUCAUCUGAUCACUGGAAAGUAAUAAACAGAAUAAUACAGAUGGGAAGAAACAGCAAGCAAAUUGAAGGAGACUCUAGUUUUAUGAGUUGCAGCGUAAGGUUUUUGAGGCUCAACUCGACUAAAUUUGACUAAACUUAAAGUUUAACUGUAUAAAAAAUGCUCUCAGAGAAAUCUCUAGAGUUGGUCUGACUUUGCCUCAGAAAUAGUUUAAAUAGUGUGAAUAUGCUAUUAACAGCGUACAGUAAAUACUAGUUGUGAGUGUAUUGGCCACUCGCUCUUUCUAAGAAAGGGAAAUAUAAACUAAAGGGAGUUUUUACAGUGUUCUGACCGAUAAUCCUCUCAAAACAAGGUGUUUUAGAGCUUGUCAGCUUCUGUAGUGACUAAACGUGCGAAGCGAUGUGAGGGAAAUAGAGGCACGAGUUGUUGUUUUUUGUUUUUAGGACUGAAACUUCAGGGCAGCAUCGAUGCACCAUUGAAACCGUUCAUCUGCCAUGAUCUAUUGUAAUGUGUAAUACAGAGUAUUUAGUAGUAGAGCAAUACCGAAUAGCUGUUGUUACUAAACCCAGUGAAACGUGUCUAGUCGUCGCAGUCCCUGGGCUGUUCACUGUACAGUACUGUAUUCGUACCCUCCGUUCAGUAGUGUAGAAAUAGUGCUAGAUUCAGCUGAUGUACAAACGUUUAUGGAACUGAUAUGCACUAGUGUUUUAUUCUAAAUGCAUUUUUAGAAGUUGCAUCCUUUUACUCAACAUUUCCCGUCUUUGUUUUUUUUUUUGAUGGUGAAACGUUUUCUUGCUCUUUUUAUUUUAUGUAUGAUUUGAAAUAGAGGUCGUACUGUGUGAUUCCGGCCGGGUGCCUCUCUGGGUUCGUUCGGCCUUUAGGACCAUCCUCUCUGUAGAUCUCAGAUCUCAGCGUGAUGUGCAGUAGGAGCAAACCAUCAGGUUUCCCACAGUUGUGUGUUUGUGUGUGUGUGUGUGUGUGCUUAUGUGUGUGUGUGUUAAGCUAAAUAUCAUAUGUUUGUGAUGCGUAUACCUCUCUGUGAGACCCGUCAUCACGCCCCGAUCCCACACAUCAGUGUUGUUGUUGAUUUUGUCUGUUCUCUUUAUGUUUGUAGGAUAAUUGUCUGAAGACUAAAGACUUAAGUAUGCAAAACCUUUGUUAAUUUAAGUGCCAUUUUUAAAUAUUUUAACGUUUUUUUGCGAGUGUGUGGUGAGCCUGAUCUCUCAAGCUCAGACGUGACGAAAGGUUCCAAUGAUAAAUUAUUAAAGUUUGGAUGAUUGUGUAAUAAUUAACCUGAAUGUUAUUGUUUUAAGGUGUUUUCUAUGUUUUAAUUGGGUUUUUAAGUUUUCUUUUCUUUCUUUUUAUUUUUAUUUUUCAACUUUUAAUACAUUCCAAUUAUCCGUCUUCACACCCAAAACAAAAAACAAUCUGGUUUAAAAAAGAUGAGCCGCCACUGCAAAAAAUUGCAUAUUUUGCAUAUUUUGUUUAAAGUGUUUAAAAUGUGUUUUUUUUUUUUUUCAGUUCACUGAGUCAUUGGCAGGUCAUUUUACUUUUUUUAUUAUUAUUAUCUUUAAUAAAAAUCUAAAUAAUCAGUUUUUGAUUUUCUUGAUAUAACCAAAAAUAUAUAUGACAUUUCUUUAAAAAAAAGCAAUGUCAUUAAAAUUAUUUCUGUUAAUAAUGAUAGGCAAAAUCUUACAAAAGUAUGAAAAAUGACCUGCCGUUUUUCUUAAAACAAGCAAUAUCUUAAAUUUGCAAAAUGAUCAACAUUAGAAACAUUGUCUGAAGUGUUUUUUAUUUCUUUAAAAAUUACAAAAUUAACUGCAUUAUUUUUAGCAAAUAAAAAAAAUGCAAAUGCAAUUAAACUUUUGUAAUAGAUAAAAAUCAUUCGGUAAUCUUAACAAUGUGCUUACAGAUGAAAUUUACAGAUAUAUUGACCUAAUUUAAGAUCAUCACGUGCAAAAUAUGAUUUUUUUGCAGUGUGCUUUACCCACCAGCAGUGAGAGUUUCUUUUGUAUGAUUGAUUGUGAUGUGUGAGUGUGUGUGUGUGUGUGUUUGUGUGUGUGUAUUAUAUGGGGGGUGUUUGUGUCUUUUAUCUUCAGUGGAAAGUGAAGAGUGGAGAUUGCACGCACUGGGGCAGGCGAAUGUCAGAUUUCUGAGAAAGAUUGAGAGGGUUCCAUGUUUUGGUGGAAUGGGGGAAAAACAAAGCGCUUUAAUCUGAUUAGAAAUCACCGACACCGGUAUGCAGAUACUGAUGACCUAUAUGCCAGAACAGAUCUACACUCCUACCCCCUGUCCCGUUACCCUGUCCCGUCCCGUGCUGUGUGUCCGUGCUGUGUAGAGUAUAUAAUAGAAUGUGUUUUUGGACUGUGGGAUGACUCGCUGUGUGUGUUAUCAGUCAGCUUUGUUCUCAUCACUGUUGUGUGAGUAAAGAAUGCACCGUUAGGAUAUGCAGUAGUCACGCACCUCUUGUUUUGUAAACACUAAUAUAUUUAAUUUGUUAUACAGCACACGAACAUUAAACUCUAUUUUUUGA